AUGCUACCGGCGUCUCUCUGGCACCGCGUGUUCCGCUGCCUGCUGCUGCUGCCCGGCUCCUCCCACCCCGAGAACCCCCUCGCACGGGGCAGACAAAAGACCCCCUGGUGCCUCACCGCUACAAUGCAGCCUCCAGCGGGCAGAAACCUGCCCGUGAAAUUCGUGGACCCUGGCUUCACAGCAGCCGGGCAGCACCAUAAGAAUGCGAGGAGCUAUGGCAGCGGCUGGGCGCUGCUGUGCUGCGGCAUGGUCAGCAAGAGCCUCCUCAACCUCCUCCAUUCCUUCUCUGCCCACCACCCCAUCGCUCUGGUCUACAGCGACCUGUGUCCUCAGUGGGCCCAGCACCCCAUCGCUCUGGUCUACUGUGACCUGCAUUCUUUGAGUCCCGCUUCAGAUCAGGAUCUGAUCAACCUUCCAGUGGCUCGAUCCCCUCUCCCAUCCCUCUCCGCUCUGCAGGCCCAGCACCCCAUCGCCCUGGCCCACCACCCCAUCUCCUUGGUCUACAACAACCUGCACCCGCAGUGGGAGAGGAGCGUCGCCUUCCUCCUGCGCUGGGGCGGCCUCAGGUCCCUCGCCCUCACCUACACGCACAUCAUGCAACUCGAUACCCUCGACUCCUACGAGGACAAGUGCCACUUCUUCUCCCUCACCUACCUCAGUCUCAAGCUGCGCGGCUGCGUGGACACCUCCCAGCUGUUUGACGACCUGAAGCUGGGGCGCGGCAAGUGGGUUCUCCGGGCCGGCUGGGCGGAUGGGUUCAAGGCGCUGCGCAGCUUGACUCUCAAGCAAGUGGACUGGGAUUACGUGGAUUUCAAGUAUCUCGCCAAGAUCACACCGCAACUCACGGAAUUCACGCUUUACGAGGGCUGGGAUCUGGAUAACCCGUCCUACGGCCCUCGUGGUGGCGGCAACAACAGAUACUCGUUCGACUUGUCAUCGGCCCGCGUUAUCCGGUUCUACUUUGCGCAAAGCAGCCUCACGCUCUUCCUCACCCUCUCCCACUCGCUCAAGGCCUUCUCAGCCGUGGCCAAACGGCUGGUCCUCUCCUGCAAGAGCACCGUUCCUCUCUAUCUCCACCACCUCUCGCUGUACGGCCAGGAGCGUCUCGUCGUCUCCUCCCUCCGCCUCGCAUCCGCACGAGUGGCCUACCUCAACGGCCCUCCCAGCGAUUACCAUAGCCGCGACGACGACCAUUACAGCUACUGGGACUCCCCUGAACUGUCCCCUGACCGCCGCAACUCACCUAGAUUCUCCUGGAUUGCAUGGCUGGCUGCUAUAGCACCAACGGUGGAGGUGCUUAUACUGAGGCACGGGGUGCCUAUAGAGAAGGUGGGCGCGGAGUGGAGCUGCCUGCGCAGCCUUGGGAUUGUCGUGGAGAAUGAGGAGCGGUUUGAAAUGAAUCUGGAGGUGGAGAGGCGGCGGGAUGAUGGUGAGAAGGAGGUUACAGUGGAGGAGUUUCAAGAGCGGAAUCAAAGGCAGAGGAUUUUGCAGCAGCAGCAGCGGCAGCAGCAGCCGUGGCGGCAGUAG